AUGGCCGUAAUUUCCACACCUCAGCCACACGUCCUUAUCAUCCCCGGAGCAUGGCAUCCGGCUUCCACAAUGGCCUCCUUUGCCGAUGCCCUGGAGGCAGCAGGCUUCCCUGCUACGGUGGUGGCAACCCGCAGCGUUGGCACCAGAGACGUCACCAUCCAGGACGACGAGGCUCAGGCCAAGGCUCUUUUGCAGCCUCUACUUGAUGAUGGCAAAGAUGUAAUUGUCCUUGGGCACUCGUACGGUGGCUUUGUGAUCACGGGCCUCAUUGCCGGUAUGGAUAAGAGAGGCAGAGAGGCGCAGGGUCUGAGGGGAGGCAUUCUUGGUGUGAUUUACCUUUCUGCGUUUAUACCUAUUGAGGGGGAGACGACGUUUGUAGCAGCGGGUGGUAAUGAUUGCACGUUUGCUUCGGCAGAUAAUAUCGAAGAGACAGGCCUCUUGGGAUCAAAAGAGGAGAAAUACCACUUCUACAAUGAUAUCCCAGAUGAGGUAGCCGAACGCCUCGUAGCCAGCCUCAAGGGCCACUCCGGAGCGGCGGUCAUGUCAACCCCUUCGAGUAUAGGGUGGAAGGAUAAGGCUUACGACGGUCGCCGCGCGUAUAUUCGCACUCUUCAAGACAAUGCCCUUACUAUCAAGUACCAAGACGAGCUUAUUGCCCGUUCGGGUGUUGAGUGGCUUGUGAAGUCGGUGGAUGCUUCGCAUAGUGCGUUCUUUUCCAGGACUGAUGAGGUGGUGGGCCUGGUUGCCGAGUUGGCGGUGGAAUUUGCAAAAAAUUAA